AAUCAAAAGUAGAAGAAGACUGUGCGACUGACUAAUUACGCUAAUUAGAAUCAUACACUGACGUUUAUUAUACUCUAUCGUACUCUAACAAUAGAGGUCGUAGCUUUUCAUCGUAGACUGAGUAUACUUUUCAUAGUCACCUGAGGCACAGACAAGUAAAUGUAAUAACCAUUGCAAGUAAAAAAAUCAUAGUGACCUCUCAAUAAAAGUACUCAUUAAUCUGUGAUCUGAGUCUGUUUCUGUGUGGUGAUUGUGAUUGGGAGGAUUCAAAUUGGCUGUACGGUCAAUGAUCUUUGCCGGUUCUGAAGGGCAAAAUUAAAAAAAAGUAAAAUCAAAUCACUUUCAAAUCUAAUUUUUCCAAAUAUUUUGAUAAAAAUAACCUCGAUGAAUUGUGAUUCUUUAAAACAAUAACACAUUACUUUGUGAAGUUGAACUGGUCGAGACGCAAAUGGUGAUGGCUACAGAUGUCUUGGAAGUCGGACAUGAGAGUCCGGACUCCAUGGAUGCGGCCACGUUGCACGAGCGAUUGGUGGCACACGUGCGGGCGGUCGGCGGGGAAGAGGAGCCGCGCGCCAGCGUGUGGGGCGAGCACUCGUACGCGCGCCCGCGCGCCGCGCCGCUCUGCGCGCAGCUGCGGGUGCUGCUCGAGCCCGCGCCCGCGCCGCCCGCGCGCCUCGACGUGCUGGCGCCGCCCGCGAGCCCGCCCGCGCCGCCCGCCGACAGCUGCAGCGACGACGACGACUCCGACGAAGACGACGACGACGACGACUCGGAGUGGGAGGAGAGCCUGCGCGCCGCGGCGCCGGGCCCCGCGCACGCGCGGCUGGCGCGCGCCGUCGUGGACGCGCUGCGGGCGCUGCGGCUGGAGCGCGCGGCGGGCGGGCGCGCGGCGGGGCGCCGGGCGCGGCGCGAGGGCGCGGCGGCGGCGGCGCGGCGGCUGCGGCGCGCGCUGGCCCCGCACUGGGGCGGCGCGGCGGCGUGGCUGCUGUGCGCGCUGCCGCCGCGCCUGCCGCGCGCGCUGCGGCGCCUGCUGGGCGAGGCGCUGCGGGAGCUGCUGCGCGCGGCGCCGGGCCUGGCCGCGCGCCUGCCGCCGCAGCCCGCGCCGCGCGCGGAGCCGCUGGACGCGGUCGGAGGUACGCGCUCGCUUUCCAAUAGUGUCACAUAG